UUGCUUAGACACAGAACAAAUUAUUGCUAUAGAAGGCAAAAGGAUCUUUCGCUAAAGCGCUUUGCAGUUCAGACUUUCUAUGGUCGAGAAGAUAAGCUGUCUUCUAGAGAGCAACCGGCAGAACAGAAAAAGAAGGAAGAAAUGGAUGCAUACGUCCUGGGCCGAUGCAGCGAGGAGGUGUUGGUCAUCAAGAGUCCUCCGCAAAACUCGCCCGGCGCUCAGGGUACGGCUCGAAGCGGUGUUAAGGUAAUGCUAAGAAAAAAACGAAUCAUCAUGAAGACACCUAGUAUGCAGCCUGCUACCUCGAUUCCUGCCAGCUUGGAACAGGCAUCACCAAACGUAAUCAAUUUUACCGUGGUUUACGAUAAGACUGGACGAGCGUUCGAGCUAAUCGAUGUGUUGAGCAAGGAACCCCCAAUCGAGGGGACUCGAACGAAGCGUGCUGAGGCGUUGCUACAGCAGAUCAAGGAUCGUCUUGAAGCGAUGACCGACCACAGCUUUAUUGUUUAUGGAAAUCUUGCUGAAUCGAAAUGGCUCGUGAAAGGCCUCGAUAAUUUGGAAGAUAAUGUCGAAGAAACCAACUUGCAGCUUCGCUUAAAUGUUGACGCUUUGGGUUUGAAAAUUAUGGCUUACAAGGUUCAUUCCGUAAAUCGCUAUCACAGAUUCUAA